AAAGUAACAAUUCUCAUAGAGCAAUUAACGCACAGUUUGCACUGAUCCCUGCUUCCCGAAAAGUAGUAGAUUCAGCGCAGUAGAUUCAGCAUUAAAUUAAACUGUUUUGCUAAAUUAGAUGGUAUAAGCCAUUCCGUUAUAUAUAAAAUUAACAAAGCCCAAAUAAUAAUAAUAAUAAUAAUAAUAAUAAUAAUAAUAAUAAUAAUAAUAAUAAUAAUAAUAAUAAUAAUAAUAAUAAUAAUAAUAGUUCGACGGUUUCGGUUUGUUUAUUAGGUCCAUGUCCAUUUGCAGUUAUGAACAGCUUAUUUAUGAGCUGGCAUAAAAGAAGCUCCUGUUGUGAGCACAUCAGUUGCAUCUUUGUGAACAUAAAGGUUUUAUUGAAUUUAAGCACUUGUGAAAAGUUUGAAGCUUGUGACACGACGAGCUGACCUCCUGAGGUCAGUCCGCACAGGAGGGAGCUCCCGUUGUCCAAUCACGAGGCUCCUCCAGCCCCCGAACGUCCGGGUUUUGGACCAAUCAGGAGUCCCAUCGCGGAGUCAGGGGAGACAGCGUCCACAGAUAAAAUGUUUGACUUCCAUCCAUCCUCCUCAAACCAUCCCCACAGUCCUCGCAGGACUGACACCAACCUGCGCUGAUCUGAACUCUCACCGUACCUCAGCCCGCACCGACCACCGGAUAACAGUCACUUCUGAGGGAUCCACUUUUCGUCCUUUCGGGGCAACCUGUUGCUCAAGGAAAACGGGGGGCUGCGCCGGCGCUUUCUGAGGGCGAAACGCGGCAUCUAAAAAGAGUUUACUGUGGAAUUAAACGGGGGCGAGCGCGGGCAGCUCCGUUGGAAGCGUUUCCUGACACAGAGUCAGGAGUCAUGACAGCACUGGCGGGAGGUUUACCGAGAAUGAUGAGACCAAGUCCCCACCAGAACUACCCACGGGCCGGGUACUCGCUGGAAGUGUCCACUCCGCUAGGACAGGGACGGGUCAACCAGCUCGGCGGUGUCUUCAUAAACGGCAGACCUCUCCCCAACCACAUCCGUCACAAAAUCGUGGAAAUGGCCCAUCACGGUAUUCGGCCUUGCGUCAUCUCCCGUCAGCUGCGGGUGUCUCACGGCUGCGUCUCCAAGAUCCUCUGCCGGUACCAGGAGACGGGCUCCAUCAGGCCGGGAGCCAUCGGAGGCAGCAAGCCAAAGCAAACCGCUUCUCCAGAGGUGGACAAAAAAAUCGAGGAGUACAAGAGAGAAAACCCGGGCAUGUUCAGCUGGGAAAUCAGGGACAGAUUGCUGAAAGACGGGAUCUGCGACAGGAACAACGUUCCCUCAGUGAGCGCCAUCAGCCGCAUCAUGCGCUCUAAAUUCGGCGGAGCCGGUGAAGAUGAAGAGGAUGAUGAUGAAGUAGUGAAGAGGGAGAUGGAGGAAAACGAACCACGGACAAAACACAGCAUCGAUGGCAUCCUGGGCGACAGAUCCAGUCACUCGGACGAGGGCUCCGACGUGGACUCGGAGCCGGGCCUGCCCCUGAAGAGGAAGCAGCGCCGCAGCCGGACCACCUUCACGGCGGAGCAGCUGGAGGAGCUGGAGAGGGCCUUCGAGCGCACGCACUACCCCGACAUCUACACGCGGGAGGAGCUGGCGCAGCGGGCCAAGCUGACGGAGGCCCGGGUUCAGGUGUGGUUCAGUAACAGAAGAGCCCGGUGGAGGAAGCAGGCGGGAGCCAAUCAGCUGAUGGCGUUUAACCACCUCAUCCCCGGCGGGUUCCCGCCAUCAGCCAUGUCGGGUCUGCAGCCCUAUCAGCUGUCGGACAGUCCCUACCCACCGACCUCUAUAGGACAAGCAGCAUCCGAGCAGCCCAGCACGGUCCACAGACCCCAGCCCCUGCCCCCCACCUCUGUGCACCAAAGUGGCCUCAGCUCGUCGGCCGGCUCCCAGGACGCCGGCUCCGCCUACUGCCUGGCGUCCGGACGCCACGGCUUCUCCGGCUACUCGGACGGCUUCGUGGCGCCGGCGGCGCACGGCAACGCCGUCAACCCCGCCAUCGGCAACAGCCUCUCGCCUCAGGUGAUGGGCCUGCUGAACCCGGGCGCGGUGCCGCAUCAGACCCAGAGCGACUUCACGCUGUCCCCGCUGACCGGGGGCCUGGAGCCCAACGGAGGCAUGGCCGCCAGCUGCCACGGGUCCCAGCGCCUGGACGCCCUGCCGGGCCUGACCUCCAUGCCCGCCCUGCCCAGCACCCAGUCGUACUGCCCGCCCUCCUACAGCUCCCCGGCGUACGCCGUGGACCACCACCCGUCUUACCAGUACGGACAGUACAGCCAGAGCAAGGUGCCUUUCAUUAUAUGAGCCCCCGCCAUGGUUCUCUGAGCAGGAGGCUCCCCCAGCAGUCAUCACCCGAGGACACUUCACCCGCUUCGCCCCAACCUCCCUCAGCUCCGCAGGCGGCGCGCACGCGGAAGGCUGGUGGGAUGGAAAGCUGGAGCUGUCCUCUUUCACCGAGGAAGGCGACCAUUUGAAACGGAGGGACGCUCUGACUGGGACAAUUAGGACCAAACGCGCAGCCACUCCUGUUGCCUGCCGCCCGCUGCUCUGUCCAUGCGAAGAGGAGCGGGGAGAUGGGAGGAAAGACCUUCAGGAGUCUGUGUUUGAUUUUUUGUAAUAAGUGGCAGAAAUGCACCGUGACGUGGUUUUGUAAGGCCCCGGGCUUCUGACGGAAGCAACAAGUUGCGCUCAGCUGCAGCAUUCCUUUCAGAGACUUUAUGACCUGGACAUUGAUGUUCUUGUACAAGGCGCCGGACAUGGAAUCGUGCUUAAACCUGGACGAGCAGCAGGAAGAUGGAUCUUGACCACUGCAACCCAAAGAAAGUGCAAUACAUUCAUACCUCACGGGAUGUAAAUGAACAUGGAUCAAAUGUCCUUGACUGUAUUCUCCCAUCGUGCUGUCUCCUAUAAGAUCAUCCGUUUCGGGUUGUGUGCAUUCAUCGAUCAGGGGAAAUCAUCAGCUGAUGAACGAUAACAAACAUAGUAACCAAAAGAAUUCUCUGCCAGUGAAUACAUUAUUCCGAUUGACAGUUAAUUUGUGGUUUUUGUGUUUCCUCUUGCAUGUGUUAGAGUAGCUGGUUUCACAGGAACUUCCCAACAUUGGUUGCGUUGCUUAUUUAUUUAGGGAACAUGUCACCGUUGUUCGUCGUGUACAAGUGCUUUUAAGUGCUUAAGUAAGUCUUACACAAUGUUUAUUAUACACGUGUUUUUUUUGUAUGAUUUUCAUUUACGUUGGUGUAAAAUGAUUCUGUUGUAAGAAGCUUUGUGUACAAUACAGCACUAUUUACUAUUUAUAAUAAACUAUAUAAAAAUG